AUGGAUCGACACGGGAGACCUGAAGAGGAGAUGUUCCUUAAUAAACCCGCUGAAGAUUGCGACAGCCCUACGGUUGAGCCUCUGAGAAUAUUCAAUCCCAAGAGUCCCAAACCUAGUUCCGAUAGAUUCAAAUAUCCUACCCCAGCAUCUUCCCAGCCUACUUUUCCCCUACCGCCGGGCGCCUCGAGCUCUGCUGCGCCUCUGCCAUACCCUGAUGACGACGACCAUCGAUUUGGUCAACCUUCCCAGUCGAGUCGACCUCCAUAUCCUGCCGACGACCGCCGGCCCUCUCUCAAUAAGAUAUACACGAGUCCUCCGGGCUCUUCACAUUCGGAUUCCUUUAACGACACCACCCCGCGAUUAGAAACAAGUCCUACCGGGAAAAGGCCCGGUCUUGCUGAACGACGGGGAACUGCUCCUAGACCUUUACCAGCGUCGCUUAGUCCGGCUAGCCCUCCAGGAGAGGAUACCGGUCUCUUUGCAAAACCUCUCGGCAACCAAGCGAAACCAGCGAAUAUUACUACUACCACGUCCUUCCCUAACUAUCAUCAAAAGCCCUACUACCCCCCACCUAGGGCGAGCUCUGCGGCUUCGAGCUCAAGCUCGAACAGCAAUGCGCGGCCCCAACCAACUGAAGACAAUCAUCUCAAGAUGCCAGACAGCGGCGUAAACCGCUUUGCAUCCACAGCUUCUACCUCAACCACAAGAGCAAGCCGAGGAUCUCCACCCCCGCCGGAGACUCCUAUCGUAGAACCAGGUACUAUCCCCGGAGGAGGUAUCGAGGCGAGAUAUGCGGCUGCUGGAAUAUCAGGAACCGCAACUCUUAAUAGUCUUCAGAGCUCAGCGGCGGCUCAACGGUUGGCGCAAUACGGACAACAUCCGGCUACGCAGCAGCCACCUCGUCCUUGGACGCCGACGGAGGCUCCCGAUCAACAGCCACAUGGCCCCCCUACCGUAUACCAGGGAGCAAACCCCGUCACUAGUCCCACUGCUCCGACUUUUGGCGCGCAGGCAACGCGGCCAGUGAACACCACCAAUACAGGCUCAAGCACAGCUUCGGCCACCGGCUCAGCUUCUGGCUCGGGGCCGAAUACAAGUGGCGGACCUGCACUUCAGAUCAGCGUGUUAGAACAAGAUUUCCAGAGAAUGCAAAUGUCACCAAGUCCUCCUCCCGCAUACUCCAGCAUCAAUCCAGGUGGUGGAAGCUCCUCCGCAUACCCCAAUGAGAAGCAGCGGCCAGCCCAGCCAAGUUCAAGCUCGUCGACACCAGCCCAAUCUACCCAAGCCACAUCAUCACCACCGCCCAAGAAGCAAGCAGAAGUAGCCGCUGCUGCUCUUGCGUCCCCGGCUCUACAACAUCCCGGACACCCUGCUUUCGCGAACGAUCCCAGGCCGGAACAGCAGCAACAAAAUGGCCAACCAGUACAGCAGACCGUUGUUACUCACACUCCCUCUCCGUUCCAAGGACAAGGUCCAACUUCUCCGCCGCCGCUACCUGAGGGUUGGAUCGCGCAUCUCGACCAGAACUCGGGCCAGUAUUAUUACAUCCAUCUAGCUUCGCAAGCUACUCAAUGGGAGUUCCCCAAGGGUCCCAACCCUAUCCACCACGAGGCACCACCUCUAUCUCCGACCGCAUCAACCUACGGCAACCCUCUCGGAUCGCCGAUGUUCGGCAAGCAGAGCGCGAUGGCCUCGCCUAUGUUCCCGCCGCAGACGCCCGGUUAUGCCGAGAGCAUCAUGAGCGUCGCAACAGCCACGCCGACAGCAGCCGGCUUCACGGGACCGCCUCCCGGCGCCGGAGUGGACAUGUACAAAGUCCAGCCGACGAACAACGUCUACUUCGGCCCGUAUCUCCGGUACACGAACAUGGAGGUCGAGAAGGGGAUCUGGCACGGAAGUGUCCUCAUCGUCACGGACGCUCCCCAACCCCCCACCAUCCACAUCCACCGCAGCGUCGACCUAUCCCCGAACCCGCGACAACUCGUGCCCCAUACGAUCUUCACGCACCAAAGGUGGCAGUUCUUCAAAUACGACGUCGACCUGCAGAUGGGCGACGGCGCGACGGAAAGAUGGACGUACGCCGUGACGUCGCACCUAGGCUGCACGCGGUACGAAUUCGUCGUCGCGGGCCGCAGCGAGACGAACUGGCGCUUCAUAGCGCACUCGGGCAACGACUUCGCGGCGAGCACGUCGCAGGGCGAGCGCAGCAAGCUAGGCGGGCUGGGCUUCAUGUGGAAGGACGUGCUGCAGAAGAACGUGGACUGCGGCGGCUUCCACGUGCAGCUCGGGCUCGGCGACCAGAUCUACGGCGACAGGCUGUGGAAGGAAGUCCCGCUGCUGAAGCAGUGGCUGGCGCUGCCGGGCCGCGACAACAGGAAGAAUGCGGCGUGGACGGCGCGCCACGAGGAGGACGUGUCGCAUGCUUAUUUCCACUUCUACACGAGCCAUUUCGACCAGCCGUUCUUGCGCGAGGCGUUUGCGCAGAUCCCGCAUAUUUGCCAGAUCGACGAUCACGACAUAUUCGACGGCUACGGCUCAUACCCCGAUUACAUGCAGAACUCUCAGAUGUUCAAGAACAUCGGCCGGAUAGCAGUCGACAUGUACCUUCUAUUCCAGCACCACACCACGCUAGAAGUCCUGCGGAAUGUAAGCCACGAUAUGGAUCUGUUCACGGUCACGGGCCAGGGCUGGCAUUUCAUCAAGUACCUCGGACCAGCCGUGGUCGUAGCCGGCGUGGACUUGCGGUCGGAACGAACGCAAACCCGCGUGCUCGCGGGCCCGACGUAUCAAGGCUUAUUCCCUAAAAUCGCCAUGCUGCCGCCUAGCGUGCAGCACUGCUUGUGGAUGUUGUCGGUGCCUAUCGUCUACCCGCGUCUGGACACGGUAGAGAGCCUGGCAAAUACGUUCGCGACGGGCAAGAAGGCGGUUAACACGACGUACAAUGUGUUAGGUAAGGUGACGAGUUCGGUGGCAGGUAUUGUCGGCGGCAAGGAGAUGGUUGCCCAGGGCUUCAGUCAGGUCAAGAAGGCCGUCGGCAAGUCUGGUCUUAUGGGCAACGUGGUCAACCAGUUCGGUGACUUGGAUAUCGGCGAGAUCCUGAAGGAUAUGUGGACUCACGAAAGCAAGGAUCUCGAACGAACGUAUUUAAUUCGCACGUUGCAGGGGAUAUCGCAUCAGAAGGGCUUGCGUAUGACCUUCUUGUCUGGAGACGUCAACGCCGCCGGCGCCGGCUUAGUUCACGACCCAACACACCCCAGCGACCACAAAACCAUGUACCAAAUCAUCACUUCGCCCAUCGUCGCCGCGCCCGCCGCGCAAUACAUCCUCAAGAUGCUACACAGCAACCGGACGCACUACGUCCCAGUCAACGGACAGCGGUCCUCGCCCAACGAGGUCAGCGACACCAAAGAAGACAUGAUGGAGAUCUUCCACACGGACGCCAGCGGCGCGCCCCGCGAGCUCAAGAAGCUUAUGGGCCGACGCAAUUACGUGGCCGUCGUGGCGUAUGACCCGGAUGCUGUUCCUGCUACUCCGUAUGGGCCGAACCAGACGCAGCUGGCGAAUGGUGGGGUUAGUCGGUUGAGUCUCGCGGUGGAUUUUGUGGUUCAGGGUGAUGGCGCGUUUACGACGCCGACGAAGUACGGGCCGGUUAUUGUACCGCAUUUGGAGUUUGGGAGGUAA